UGGGAACUGUCAAACAUAAUUGUUAAAUUCCUACUUACAUAAAAAUGUGUUAAUUUUUUAUAAAGUUCAUAGAUUUAUUUAUUGAAUAUGUUAAGACACGAAAUAUACAAGCCAGAUACAUUUUUAUAUUAUUCUUAUGGUAGCAAUAUGUUUUCAUUUAGAAUUCACAUGAAUAAUCCAAGUGCGGAAUUUGUCUCCAUAGCGCGAUUGGAUAAUUACAGAUUGGAUUUCAUAAGAUAUUCGAAGUUUUGGGGAGGACCAACUGCAACACUGGUGCCCACUGCCAAUGCCCACGUCUGGGGCGUCAUAUGGAGGCUGGGCAUUGAACAUAUGGCUAAGCUUGAUGAACAAGAAGGAAUAGAUAGAAAAAUUUACUAUCCAAAACAUGUUCAAGUCUUAACAUCUUACAUGGGCACUUAUAAAUGUCGCGUGUAUAUAAAUAAGGUGAAUCCGUUACCGCGAUGCGACAACGACAAAAUACCAGCAGAAAGAUGGCCGUCAUGGACUUACAAGGAAGUAAUAAUACUUGGUGCUAUGGAGCACGAGCUGCCCCAAUAUUAUAUCCAAGACUUGGAAAAAAUUAAACAGAAUGGUGACAAAGGGUGUUUCAAGAUGUAUACCCUCUUGUUGAAAUAUGUUAACGAAGAGCCUUGCGUUUGUGAUAUACCGAAGAAAAAGGAGAAGCCUCAAAUUUGGAUUUCAGAGGCUUUAAGGGAAAAAAUAAAAAACAAUAAAAUAACCGGACAGUACCAGUAAAAACCACAAUAUUUAUUAAUUAUAUAAACUUUUUUCACAACAAGGCAGAUGAGCGAGAGGCCAGUAAGAUUGGGAGAAGCAAUAAAAAAAAACAUUUCAAUUAAAAAACAAAUUUUAUUUUAAGAACGUUAUAGACCUUGUUUUUAUUAACUUGGUAUAAAAUAUAUUUAAACAAGGGUUAUUUUUAGGAUACAUCGAUAUUCAAAACUAUUUUUUUCGCUAAUUCUUGUAACUUUUUUAAUAAUAUAAAUAUUAAAAUUAUUAUUAAUAGGUACUCGGUUUUCAUUAAAUUAAAUAUAAAAAUUAUACACUAUAUCUUAAUAGUUUGGUGAAUUUGUAUCUAAACUGAGCAUAUAGCACAACGCCACCCCGACACUACACUCGUACUACAGCACGCACACAAAUCACACGAGGAACACAUCGAUUGGAAAUUAUUUUAUCAGUCCACAUUUACGAAUAACAUAAUCACUAAAAUGAGGUAAAGUGCCCUAAUCAGUGGAAAUCAUAACAAUAAGAAAUACUGAUGCAACGAUUGAAAUAACUUUCACUCAGUCAAUAAAUAAUUUGUUAUUUCAAUAAGUAUCUAUCUAUAAUGUAAUAUUUACAAUAAUUCAGAUUAAGUAACUUCCAAUUCGGCACGGGCAACAUACCGCACAAUCAUCGCCAUGCUCGAUGACGAUACCGACUCGCGAUUCUAAUUCCACAUACCACCUUGCUUGGCUAGAUCGCAAUCAAAUGGAAUGGAAUUGAAUUAAAAUUAUCCGCUACAAUUAUUAUAUUUGUUAAAACCAAAUAUUUUCCCCUGUACUUUAUAUCUGCAAAUCGGGCGUUAACCAUGAUAUGCAUAUUAUAACGAAUAGACGACUAAAGCCCGCAAAUAACGCUGUGUGAGGCAACGUUGUGCGAGACUUAGCCCCAGCCACUCCACGCAAAUGCGCUCACAUCUCACUUAAAGCUGCCCUUAACAAUAAAUAGCUGGCGCCAUCACGCCAGGAACUGGGAAACCUUAACUUAGACAAGUUUUGUGUUGAAAGAGCGACGGUGGAGUGCCUCGGCUGGCUCGUAGAAAGCGACUACAGCCGCUGUAUUACACAGUCAAGUUAUUACUUAACGACACUCCAGCCAAGUUAGCUUCCUAGACGGAUACUGGUCGAGAGCCAUUACGUAUAACAUAACAAUUCGAAUACAAAGCACUGCCUACGCUCGCCUUAUUGUACCCGUUAUAAUAUCAUCAUAAACAGGAACGUAAUCCGAUCUUGUAUUAAGUACCUACUAAUGCUAGAAGACGAACUCGAACUGCAGAAAUUAAUAGUCAAUCCUAUCUGUAACCUUUAUGUAGCAAUGUUGUUAUUUGUCAAAAUUGUAUAAUCUUUCUUUACAAAUAACAAUGUAUGUAACUUACUUAUCGACAGAAUACAGAUAGAUUGAUUAAUUAAUAUUAAUAAUUUCCGCCGUAAAUGGUUAAAUUACACGAAAAAGCUCCCAAUCAGCACCCACCUUUACAGAUUACAAAGUAGAAAAUAUGUUUUGGUAUAUGUGGCGACCUGUAAGUUUUACUUUUGUAACGAGCUUAAGGCACUAUGCAAUUUCUUAAUCGUCGAGUUUCUCAAUUGCUUCAAAUAUUAUUUUUACAAAAACUGGUCAAGUCACUGGAAGAGAAGGUUAAGAAUUAAGACCAAAUGCAAUGCGCCUUGAGCCCUUUUUUGAAUUUGAAACAAAAAAUAUUUGCCAUCGAUUAACAACGUGAACGUAAUCAGUAUUUACUAUACAAUAAUAUAAAUAUUUUUAAUUAAGUUUUCAGAUAUCGUGGAUCAAAUCCAAAUAUCAGACGCGUUUUAUAUAUAAUACGGUGUAUAAACAACAUACGAGUACUAGCAAAUCCAUCUCGAAAUUGUCUACACAAUUUGGCCAUCCUCAUUACUGUUAUUUUGUAACUCUAUUCACAUGCCAACAGGUACGGUUUUACACCUUCCUCUACCUUACAAUUUUAUUAAGUUACCAAUUAUUACAUUGAUUGUCUGAAGUUAACUGCAGGUGUCUAAAGUGUGUCUGUGUGUGUGUGUGUUUGUUGGCAUUUGAUUAGGGUUGUAUAAACUAAAUGGCCGAAAUUAAUAAUAAUAAUCAAUCUAUAAGUCGAUAUCUGUCGAUAUAAGUUACUAAAGUUCGUUAAUGACUGUCAAAAAUCAUAUGGACUUUUUGACAGAUAACUUUGCUAAAUAACUUAUCGACAGGUUACACCGGCACGUAGAUUAUUAAUUUCAGUCGUAAUUUAGCUGUCCUAAAAAAAAGAAAAACUUAGUCAGAAAUACAAAACUACAAUUUUAGAGGUCUCACGUCACAGUAGCUGCUCUAGCAAUUAUUAUUAUUA